CGUACUUCAGUUGCAAGGGUAUCAUUUUUCACACUUUUGGGGUCUCCGAUGGCAGCGAUCGGUGUUUUAGAAGACAGAGGCUCCGUUUGGAGGAAAAGGAAACGUAUGAGAAUUUUUGAAAGAAAGAAAUUUGAUGUUAACGAAAAAGUUGAGGUGAGGAGAGUUGAAGAAGGGUUUCAGGGUUCAUGGCAUCAAGGAACUGUUAUUUCGUGGGAUAAGCAAGGGUGUCACGUAAAGCAUGAUCAUCUUCUUCUUGAUGAUGGUUCUGAUAGGCUUGUCGACAUCGUGGGUGUUUCUCUUGUAAUGAAUGGAUUUUCUUGUCCGUGUGAGACUCACCAUAACUCCCGGGAGACUACAAGGAAAUUGCCACCUAAACUAGAGUUCUGCAAAUGGAACCUUUCCUACGGGCUCUGCAUCGAUGUAUGGUAUAACGAUGCUUGGUGGGAAGGUGUGAUUUUGGACCAUGAAUAUGAUUCAGAGAAGAGGAGAGUUUUCUUCCCUGAUUUGGGUGAUGAAAUGACUGCUGAAAUCAAUAAGUUACGGAUUACUCAAGAUUGGAACAACUUCAAAGAGGAGUGGCAGCAACGUGGAACCUGGUUGUUUCUUGAGUUGAUUGCACAGUAUGGGCAAGAGUGGUUUCUUUCUGUUUCUGUGCAACAAUUUUGGUAUGAUUUACGGGAGAAAGAGGAUUUUCACAACGUUAGAGAGUGGACAUUUUCUUGUGAGUCUUUGUGGAAAGAAUUGGUGCUGGAAAUAAUAAAAGAUAACCAUAAAAUCACUGUGGAUCAUUUGGUCAAGGUAUUAGGCCUUCCUGGUUCCUCCCAACCAGAAUCCAAAUUGCAAGAGGAGCUUGCUAUACCAGAUGCAGAUGUUUGUAUGGGUACUGAUGCAAAUUUAGGUGACACUUUCGCUCUUGUACCCGUUAAGAAUCAAGUGAACAUUACUUUGUUGAGUCCAGACACAGCUAUAAUUCCACCGAGUCAAGAGAAACCUAGUUCUGGUUAGUCGAUGCACGUUUUCAAGGAUGAUAACAUUGUUUUGGCUGAAGCUAACAAACCCUGUGUUGAUAACACUGCCUGUAGUUUACCUGAGGCUUUGAUGGCCUCACCCUCUGUUGCAGAUGGAAUUUCCUGCAUCUGUUCUGUAACUAGCAAUGAAGAAUUUUUUGGAACUGAUACAGAUAUGGCUGAAAGGAGGGAUAAACAUUCAGGGCUCAGUGUAACUGCAACAUGGAUGCCUGCAGACACUGAGCUUGUUUCGAAAGCCGGGUCAUGUCCUGAUGCCAUUGCCAAAUACAUUUAUGCUGGUAAGAAACCCGAUAAUUUUCUGUUAACUGAUGUUAGGAAGCAUCUUCUAUAUCAGGGAUGGAAAAUGGAGUCUAAGCAAGAUGGAAAACUUAUCAGAAGGCGAUACGUCUCACCUACUGGGCACCUUUAUUACUCUCUUUAUCAGAUCUGUUUAGAUCUAACCAAUCACUCAAGAAAGCAUAUUUGUUUAAACAUCAAAGAUGUACAUGUUGAACCAAACGUCAACCAUCUAGGUGUUGUUGAACCAAACAUCAGGGGACUUUUUGUUGAACAAGAAUAUUUCCCUGAAGCUGUUUUGGACUGGUCUAUGGCUGAAUUGGAUAUGAUUCGCAGAUGCAAGAGAAGUUAUAUGACACUAAAGGCAAAAAAGCAUCUCUCAUGGCUGGGUUGGGCGUUUCACUAUGCUUCCAGUAAUGGAAGGCGCUAUUUGUACUACACUUCACCAAGAGGAAGGAUGUACCAGUCACUUCGGGAAGCCUGCAAAAACUGUAUAAAAGGUGGAGUUUCUCAAACUGAUGCUACUCCUAGAACAGUGGAAAAGAUUAAUGCUGUUGAGGAGAUUGAAUGUCAGUCAGCAAGUGAAAAGCUUUCUUCUGCACUUGCAAUUGUGGAUAUACAGAGAAGCUCGAUGCCAUCAAAUACCGAAUCUGGAAACUGGUCCAAGAAGUGUUAUUCAAGAUGUGAGAGAAGAAAUGGUGUUGAGCAAAGUAG